UAUUUCCAUUUCCCAAUCCAAUAUUGUAGAACGAACCUGCUCUGUUGAAACCACUACGACGUCGUUUUAACCUUCUUCUGUUCAAACCAAACCCUAUACUAUACCCUAAUUGUUCCUUUUGUUUUCCUUAUCAACACCCACCCUCUUCCCUUUUUCACUUCUCUGAACCUCCACUCUUAACCCUAAUAAUGGCUUCCGAUAAAUUGGGCGCUGUUCCAGCACCGCAACUUCACGCGGGCCUCAACCAGCCUCCUCAGCUCGUUUUCCCGGAUGCUUUCGGCUGCGGCCCGCUCCGGCUUUCUGCCGCCGUCGCCGAUCCCGGCGCGAAGGUGACCACUCGCGAGCUCACCGCUAGCUUCCUUGGUAAUCGCCACUAUUUCCAGCAUCAGCCGCAGCCGGCUGAGUUUCGCCACCCGUGGAACACGACCAGCCGGAGCUCUGGUGGCGACGUAUCGGAAGCGGAUGAUGAAGACGACGAUGAUGACGACGAGGUUGACGAUGAUGAAGACAAGGAGGAGGAAGAACCCAAUUUGGCGAGCAUGGUGACUGUCGCCAAACUCAGUGAAAGGAAUCAAAACGAGGAGGCGUACAGCACUAGCCAGAAAAUGAAACACAUUUCGUUGUUGGGUUUCAAAGAGGGAAAUGUAGCGCAGAGAUUACAUGAAAGAAACAGCAAUAGCAAUAGUGGUGAAGUGAUGAAUGCCAGAGGAGGGGAAAUAUAUUAUAUGCAGUACUUGAAUGGGGCAGAAGGUCCAAGCUCUUCAUCAAGGCAGAAGGAGAUGACAUUGGAGAAUGAAUGUGGUUUCAGUGGUAAAAAGGAGAGUUCAUAUUAUUGUGAACCAGGGGAUCCCCUGAGGACUAUAUUCUCAGACCCUAUAAGUGGCCUUCUUAUGGAUGAUGCUAUGAUAUUGCCUUGUGGACACUCCUUUGGUAGCGGUGGAAUACAACAAAUAAUUAGAACUAAAACAUGCUAUUCUUGCUCACAUCCAGUGUCUGAGGACAGUAUUGCUCCAAAUCUGUCUCUACGCCAUGCUGUUCAGGCAUUCAGGAGGGAAGAAGAGCUCCAGAUUAAUCGUUCAUUGAAAAGACGGAGGGAAAGAUAUGACAGGGACAAAAAUACUUAUGAUUCCAUGUUUGCCGAUCACCUAAGAGCAAGGGGAGCUCAAUUUCCAUUUUCCGUUACUGACAGGGUUAUCAUAAAGGGAAACAAGAGAACACCACCCCGUUUUGUUGGGCGCGAAGCUAUUGUUACAACUCAGUGCUUGAAUGGAUGGUAUGUGGUGAAGACAUUGGACAAUGCAGAAAGUGUGAAGCUGCAAUAUCGAUCGCUUGCCAAAGUUUCCGAGAACCCUUCUGCAAAGCCUUGAGAUGAGUCGAGAGGCUGUAAAGUUGUGCAUAUAGGUAACAUUAGUUGGUGUUCUUAGUUAGAUACAUAGAGGAAGUAACAUGUUUGGAAAGUAGUUAUUAUUUUAGGUUUGGGGCUCCAUGUCUAUGAUCUUGCAGUGCUAUGUUUGUAUAUAUAUACCUCAUCCAAUCUUAUUGUGCCUAUUUGUUGUUAUGUUAUAUCAAAUUGGGCAUUGAUUAUUUCACACAGCCAAUCAUAGAACAAGAAAUCAAUCAAAAACAAGAAAUCAAUCAUAGAACAGUAAGUUGUGCAUAUUUCAAUCAAUCUUUGAUUAUUAUUUGUGUAUGUAUAUCCAAUUCCAAGUCUAAUCCCAACCCAUAUCCUGCAGCAAUGCAACAAAGUUCAUUCUUAACAACAAAGAAUCAAUGGGUUGGGCAAUUCAAAAUCAAAUGAAAUCAAAUCAGUGGUCUGUAGCAAGCAGCCAAGAAUCCCUCAACUGCUGGAGAGCAGUAUCCCUGAAAUUGUUGACCUUCAUCAAGCAGAAAUGAGUGCAGAACCCCAACCCCAUCCCACCCAACACCCUGUUCGUCUUCAGCAAGUAGCAGGCUGGUCCAUACUCACCACCCAACCCUACCCCCUUCCCCUGUACAACCACCCCCCACGCCCUUGUCACGCCUUCACCAUCGCCAUUACCAUCACCAUUCUCUUCUUCCUCCAGUUCAUCCACAAGUAUUAAUCCAUCUGGCUUUGAUUCCCCUGUCUCCCACUGGAUCUUCACCUCAGGCCAUCUCUCCACAUUCGCCUUCUCCGUUUGGAUCCUUACUUCCCCAUCCUUCAUUGCAUAGAUCUGCACCAGCAAUGGCGCCUGCUUCAGAUUCUUCACAAUAUCCGCCACCGACUCCCUCAUCCACGCAUCGAUCUUCUCCGGAGACGCUCCGCCGCGAGAAUCGCCUUUUUCGAUCGGCGGAGACACGGCGGCGGAUGCUGCCGACGCGGAUAAACCCUGCGGCGGCUUGAUUCUACUGCAGAUCGACAAAUUAGACUUCGCGGAGAAUGUCGAAUCGCCGGAGACGUAACCUGAGGGAAUCGAUAAUCUCGCGCCGGUAUGAAUCCCGAUCGACGCCGCCAUCGCGACGGCAA